AACAAAAAACUCUUUGGUUUUGAUCAAUUUUAUGGUACCUACUUAGGUAUCGAUAUUUUAACAAAAAACAUUUCCGGUUAGUGAUUAAAAUGAAUAUGAUAAUUCUAGUCAACAUGAACAUGAUUGAUAUUCUUCAUUAUUAUUUUUUCUGAAAAUUAAAUAUUUAUAGUUAUGAUUCUAAGGAUUACCAGUUAGUGCAAUAAACACUAAUUUGACUUCUACAUGUGCCAACACAACAGCUUCGUGUUUCCGUAAUCAACAAAUGAAGUUGACGUUUCACCGCGUAGCAAGUGAAAGUGUCACGUCGAUGGAAAUUCUUGUCAGAAGAUUUUUUCCGGGCUAAUAAUCUCUAUUUACUAGUGUACGGUCUAGGUUAAUUCCGACGAAAAUGGGUGUAAAGCCUGCUAUUGGACGAAAAACUAACAAAAACCCUCCCAUCUUCAGUCAUGAAUUUGUAAUUCAAAAUCAUGCAGAUAUUGUUUCAUGUGUUGUUAUGGUUUUCCUGGUUGGAUUGAUGGUACAGUCUACAAGUCCCAUUGCAAGCUUGUUCAUCAGUUUACAUCACAAUGUCAGUGGAGUGGAACCAACGAGAGAAGCGCCGAAAGGCGAACCUUUUACUUAUGAAUCUGGGUGGAAAGAUGCUUGUGCCGUGUUUUUCUAUUCACUUGUCUGUAUUGUGAUGCAUGCUAUUCUUCAGGAGUACUUCCUUGAUAAAAUUUCCAAGAAGUUCCACCUCUCAAAAUCAAGGUUAAGUGCUCUCAAUGAAUCUGGACAACUUAUAGUAUUCCAUCUCGUAACUCUGGUAUGGGGUGGUGAUGCUAUACUCCGGGAAGGUUUCAUUUUCAACAUCUCUCAGCUUUGGGAAGGCUACCCAGUGCACCCAAUGAGCUUCCUUCUCAAGUUAUGGUGGGUUGUCCAAGCUUCCUAUUGGUUGCACACAAUCCCCGAACUGUACUUCCAACGUAUAAAGAAAGAUGAGUGGGCAGGACGCAUACGAAAUGCUGCUACAGCUUUUGGUUUUGUAGCAUUGGCUUAUGGAUUUAAUUUCCAACGCGUGGGAGUGUGCCUAGUUGUUCUUCAUGCCCUGGCAGAAUUUGUGGCACAUUGCUAUCGUCUCAACACAAUCCUCAGGGGAGAACGUGAAGAUUUCUUGGACAAGUUUCUAAGUCUUGUAAACGGGACAGUGUUCGUGAUCGUUCGCUUGUUCUCUCUCGUCCUUGGAGUGCUUACUUUCUACUUCGGACUCGCCGGUGUCGCACCCUUACUGGUCAGAGUGGCUGCUCUGUCCUUGCUUGUCUCUUUCCAGGUCUACUUGAUGUUUAACUUCAUAUCUGAAGCUAUUAAGCAGAGGCAAGAAGCUCGUCAGCAGGCUCUCGCGCGACCUCUCAAGAAAGAGAAGAAGGAAAAACCCAAAAAGGAAAAGGUGAAAAAAGCUCCCGUCGACGAGUCUGACCUGCCCGAGGUGGAUCAGAACACGAACAAGACCCUGAGGCAGCGACAGAACGCGACCGCUAAAGCGAAGUGAAUCUAGGGCUCCUCUACCUGUUGACAUUAGAUUAGUUUGUCGUCAUCCCUUACGUAACUGAGUCUUUCCACUACAAUUAUUUAGUUCUUUGUUAGAAAUUUUAGAAAUCGUGUUGUCUUAGCACAAAUACGCAGCUGUACAUGACUACGGAAUACACAACUGAUAUUAGUAAUGCGUGCGAUCGUCAUUCCAAGCCUGUGUGACAAUUUUUAUAUAUGUAUAAUUUAAUUCGUGACAUCAAACAAAACAAAGUGUAUUGUCAUUAAGGUAUAGUGGAUACAGGGUUGUAAAAAUAUCUACUAAAGUGUAAAAUUGAAUGUCUAGGAUAAAUGUUUAUAUGAAUAUAUUGAUGGAUAAGACGGAGCAUGUACUGUGUGUUUGUACACGUUAAAUUAAGAAUAUUCCAUGAUAAUUUUGCAUUUUGAUGUGAAAUUAUUUUCAUUUUAAUUUUAUAUUCAAAACCAGAUAACUUAUUUUUAUAUGAUUUUUUUUACUUAUUUUAUCUAUAAACGUUUUUUGUAAACAAAUUUUAAAAUUUAUUUUACAUGUUUCAGCCCUUUUAAAAUUUUAAGUUUCUUCAACACAUCUAUGUAUGUAUAUUUUAUUAAAUAGAAAAAAAAAACAUUUUGUAGGUCUGUGUAUAGUUACACUUGAGAUUGAAUUCAUGUUUGAUGUAACGUGUAAAAUAUGUAUUAAUGAAACUAUUCCUAAUGUGAAAUUGUGCUCAUAAAAUUGUUUAUAUCAUUUUCUUGAUAAUUGUCAAUUUUGAAAGCUUAAUGUUAUUUUUAUUUCGAAAUAAAUUUUUGGAUGAA